UUUAAUUAAAAAAAAAAAAAAACCUUGCUACGUGUACUGCGUUAAGCUAACUGAGACUUGUUAUAGCACUUGCAUAUCAUUGCUCUUUUGUUGAUUUUGAUUGCUUCCAUUGCCCUCAUUCGUCCUCAAGUCGCUUUGGAUAAAAGCAUCUGCUAAAUGACUAAAUGUAAAUGAACAUUAAUAAAUAAUGCGUAAAUGAGAAUAUUAAUAAAUGAAACUGUUUAGUAAAUUAUUAUUUUUUUAUUUAAACUUGUGUCUGUAACUUUAUAGUGUUUUAGGUUGUGCCCGACAACACCCAUCAGAUGUGGCCAAAUUCAUAACAUAUUACUUAAUUUAAUCAUUUAAAGUAUAAUUUGGUCUGACAGGAGAGUUUUUCAUAUGGCUGGAUGGAUUUAUAGAUUUAUAAAUGUAUGCAUAAUUAUACCGAUAUUGUUUUUUUCUUUGUCUUCAUCAGGUCUGUUCCUGCAGUCUAGUGAAUCUCGUGAAUGUGGCGUUGGAUUCAAAAUAAAAAACAAGAUUUGUGUUGAUGAGGAUGAGUGUUCAACAUCGAAUCAGUGCGGUGAUCACGCUCAGUGUGUAAAUACAAAUGGAAGUUACUACUGCACCUGUAAUGAAGGAUUUCGGUCAGCAACAGCCAACUUCACAGCAGAAAAUGGACAGUGUGAGGAUAUCAAUGAGUGUGUUGAGAAAACACGUGAAUGCACAGGUGAUAUGGUGUGUGUGAACACCAUCGGCUCGUACAAGUGCAUCUGUCGAAGGGAUACCGCCCUCGAGGCUGCAGAUGUGGAUGAGUGUUUGUCCUCAGUGUGUGGAGUUCACAGCAGUUGCACUAACACACCUGGCAGUUUCUUCUGCAUCUGUUCUCCAGGGUUUCACAGACAUGAGAACGGCGCCUGUACAGACAUUGAUGAGUGUAAAGAUGAUCCAGAUGUUUGUGGCACAAACGCCGACUGCUUCAAUCAUCCAGGCGGCUACAGCUGCAAAUGUCACCAGGGUUACAGUAACUAUGGCAACAACCAGUCAAAAUGCAUGGAAAUGGACUGUGAUCAAUUUAAACUUGAGUCUGAUGCAGACCACACACCAGAGAAGUUGAAGCAUUUGAUGUCACUGUUGAAGAGCAGCUGUGAGUCUCUGAAUGAUCCACGUGGAGAACAUUUUUCUGGGGAGAAAUUACUGGAGAAUGUGUGCAAUUCCACUGACGAGCUGCUGUCUGAAGGAAACAUUGCUGAUAGUGAGAUGCUUAAUCAGUUUCUGGACGGGGUGGAGAACAGCAUGCGUCUGAUUGGACCUCAGCUGAGAGAGCCUGUGACCAGGAUGGAGACGCACAACACCUUUGCUGAGGUUGCAGUCACACGGAAUCAGACUCCGCCCAGUGGGCGUGUCACUCUGAGGACAGACUCCACCCUCUUCAGCACCAGCUGGGAAACAGUUGUAGGGGAUUCAUAUCCAGGUUUUGCGUUUGCGGCUCUGGUCAGUUAUAAAGGUCUGAACUCCUCCAGCAAUCUGCUCCACAAGAUAAGCAGUGAGAAAUCAGACGAUAAAGAGAGAAACAUCACUUAUCAACUCAACUCUAAAGUGGUGACGGCUGUCGUCAGUAAUACAGAAACCAAACAGCUGUCAGAGCCGGUGAUGUUCGUCUUUAGACACGUGGAGGAGAGGGCAGAGGCUGAGGGCGUGGCUUACUCCUGUGUGUACUGGGAUGAGGCUGAGGGGGCGUGGUCUGGGCAGGGCUGUGAGAGGGCGUGGUCUAACAGCACUCAUACAGUGUGUUACUGGUCUCAUUUCAGUAGUUUCGCUGUGCUCAUGGCUCUCUAUCCUGUCCAGGAUGCAUUUGGGUUGGUGUUGAUCACGCGUGUGGGAUUAGUUCUGUCUCUGGUCUGUUUAUUUCUCGGUAUCCUGACAUUCCUGUUCUGCCGCUCCAUCCAAGGAACCCGAAACAGUAUUCAUCUUCAACUGAGCAUCUGUCUCUUCAUCGCAGACCUCAUCUUCCUCUGCGGAAUUUCCAGUACUCACAACGAGGUAGCGUGUGCGAUUGUGGCCGGUCUGCUUCAUUUCUUCUUCUUGUCUGCGUUCUGCUGGAUGCUGCUGGAGGGGGUUCAGCUCUACCGGAUGGUUGUGCUGGUGUUUCACACCACAUUAAAACAUCUCCACAUGUAUCUGGUGGGAUACGGAGUCCCUCUCGUCAUCGUCAUCAUCUCUGCCAUCGCCUUCCCAAAGGGAUACGGCACCAAACGACACUGCUGGCUCUCUCUCGAUCGCUAUUUUAUCUUGAGUUUUUUCGCACCCGUCUGCAUCAUUGUGAUCCUCAAUGGUUUUGUCUUCAUCAUCACCGUGUGGAAACUGGCUAAAAAGUUCUCCAGUCUCAAUCCAGACUUCUCCAAACUCAACCAGAUCAGGAGUUUCACGGUGACCGCCGUGGCUCAGUUGUGUGUUCUUGGAGGAACGUGGAUCUUCGGCUUCUUCCUCUUCCAGGAGAAAGGGACUGAAGUCAUGCUGUACCUCUUCAUCAUCCUCAACACUCUCCAGGGGGCGCUAAUCUUCAUCCUGCACUGCCUGCUGUCCAAACCGGUCAGGAUGGAGUAUUACAGUCUGUUUGUCCGAAUGUGCCCACAUAAGAAGAAAGCCAAAUACAGAAUCAGUACCAGCCAGACCAACAGCAGUCAGAAACCUCUGCGGAGCGACGGCAGCACAGCAGAGUCACAGAUGUAAAGCACUUGUUUUGUACAAACUCUUCAACACAAGACACAAAGACUUUCUGUGUCAAAUGAAGACUUUUCACAAGCUUUAACUCAACAGUACACGUUCACAGUCGUCAUCUGAUGAAUACUGCUGCUUGUUCAUCAUCUGUUACUGGAGACGGAGAUGUAGGAUUGUUCUAUAGACUUGACUCCAUUCUUUGAAUCGAGUAUUUAGGUUGCUUCUGUUUUCGGCUUUUCUUUGUGGGCGAGUGUAAAGUUUUAAUUUUUAGAUUAUGCAGAAGGAAACAUCGUUUUAUAAUGAUGAAUGUUGUAUUGUGUUGAGGGAGAGCAUAGUUAUGUCAAUUAAUGAAGUCAUUCUUUAGAAGCGAGGCCAUAACCAUGUCAAAACAUCCUGAUGUUUAGCUCACAAGUAUUUCUAACCUGUGUAUUUUCUCUCGUUUCUGCCUCCAUUAUACAGGAAUGUAAUGACUGUAACAACCAAAAGUGAUAUGUCUGUUUAUAUUAUAUUACAUUACAUUGGUAAGGUUUAUGCAAUUUUAUAUAUGCAAACUAAAAUGAAUCACUUUAUUUUCAUGAGGGACAUGGGAAUA